AGGUCGGCGACGCGACGUCCGGUCGUCGUCUGCCCGAACCGACAACUUAAACGGCUUAAACGAGCCUCCGAUUUGAAGAGGGUUCCACCUACUGACCGUGCACCGCCGGUGAAAGCAAUAAUCGUAAAGGUAGCAGGAAUCGUGUGAGAAAGACACCGUUGCGCGCCCCUUCUCGCUCGUAUCGCGAGUUAUUUGUGGAUCUCGCGGGUGUAACUUCGCUCUUCUCCCGCAACACGGCUCGCUCUAUUGGGCCGAUCGUAAGCAGCGAGGAACAGCAGCGAGGAAUGUAAGCUCGACAAGGUCCGGCUUUGAGAAGGACAUCAAAAGGAUGGUAAUACACAGACGUGAGAUCUGGUCUAUCUCCCUCUUGCGCUCAGGAUUUCAUCCUAUUUGGUCGUGCGAGCUUUAAAGUACAAGCGUUGGUGUUCCAGUGUCCGAGUGCUUCCCAAGUGAAUCCCGACGUUUUUCUACGUAGAAAAUAAAUAACGGGAUAAAUUAAAUAAUACAUUGCUCGACCAUUUAAAGUGUAUCGGAACACACCGUUUGAAUUGACUUUAUCGCGGUUACCUUAAUUAUCUCGUUUCACGCCGUGCCAUUGUUCGUAAUCGCAAUGGACCCGUCCUGCUCCGGUGUUUCAUAUGGAAUAACCGAUGGAAAUUUUUAAACACGACCACUGAAAGUAUCGUAGGACGACCGUUGCAACAAAAUAGUCCCAAUUUCGGUAACCGAUAUUAACCAACCAAUAUUUAAUCAAUUUAACCGAUCGUAAAAUAACGGUAAAAAUAAUAUUAAAAUAAUAAUAUUAAAAUAGACUCGAAUUCUCACUAAUAUUGGUAAAACCAACUCGAAACUUUUCGAAUAACAAUAACAUGAUAAGUGGCGGGCAAUGUUAAUCGAGUGACAUACGCGAGAUCACUACGCGCGCGUAGCCCCCUUUUCAGUUCGUAUCGUCCUACGGCCGAGUGGAGACGCUGUACGGAUCCGCGGUCUUUUAACUCGUUCAAGGUGAGUCCCGCGCGCGAAUAAUCACCGAAAGUACUCGGGGGUGUCGAAUAAAGUGUCGUACGAUUCUCGUGGCGUGUUAUUUAUCGUAUACGACACCGCGAUCAACCGUAUUCCCGCGAUGACUAUCUCGGACAUGUAUCUCAAGAAUGUCGUCCGACAUGACACCCCCUUCGUCGUUGGAUCGCGUCCCGAAACCGUGAUCGACAUUUACAUUAGCAUUUAUUUCAUCAGUCAUGAGAAAGAGAUUUUCGCUCUUUUUGUUCUCACGGCUCAAUUAAGUACUAACCUAACCGUUGAGAGUACCUGGUAAGUCGUGGGAUGCGAAAAACAUUGUCGGCGCCUCCCGUGGCACUGAAAAUCGUCGUACGUGCGACAAUCUAUUGUUCGUCGAGCGUAUUUCGGUUAAAUGAAUAUAACCGAAUGCGCAUGCGUAACCGUCAUUCUCGCGCCCUUUCUUACCGAAGUCAGAAGUUCAAAGUCAGAAUGCGUAAAUCGCGAGCGAAAUCGUGAGUGAAUCGGGCGUACAAGUGUUGUCUCGGGAGUGCCCGGGAAUCGAUUUCGCGAUGAUCCUGGAAUCUUUUGAGAUGAACUGCACGAGACAAAGCAGGACAGCGCUGGGUGAAGUAAACAACACUGGGCGAGAGGACAGCGUCGCCUUUUCUGGGGAAGUGCAACAUAUAUUGAGCAGCUGAUAGCUGCGAUGCGAUGUAACCACGAUAUUAGGAGCUGAAAUUUAGGAAAAUAGCGGAAGGAAAUUCGAGAAGAUACUAUGCCGAACGUCAUGAGCUCUACCGAUGUUAAGAGCAGGGGAAUAAGUAGCUGGCCGUCGGCGAACUCGCACGACGAUGCAUGACUCUAUGAGAGUUCCCGAAGAGAAUCCUCCGCUCGAGUCGUACGUUCGUCUCACCGAUAACGUCGAGAAAGAAAGCGACUGAGAUUAACGACUCGCACAUCAGCCGUUCUUGUUUCGGAAUUCGGAAAAAGGACCUGCAGCUAUACGAAGGAUGUCAGGCCGUUGAGCCUGGUCUCGGAAGCUACGUGCUCUCAAAAGAUGUUCCCAAGACUCCGUUGGCUCAGCGGGUGAACCGAAUGGAAGGAUGUUUCAUCCGGCGUUCUGACUGCCUAUGGAUAUAUUCGGCCGUUGCAACGGCGGCGGCAGCGGAAGCACGGUAGCCGGAAGCGGUGCCGGCCCGGUGAGGACGUCCAGCAACGAGUCCGCUGGUACUGCUGGUGGCACGUCGAGCGGUACCAGCGAGAGCGGUAGCGCGAGCGGCAGGAUGCAGUUGACAGGAGCCUCGGCUCCUGGGGCGGCCGCCUCGCCGGAGUCGGGCGUCUCUCCGUUGACCGACGCCUACACCAAGAUGACCAGCGACAUCCUCGCCGAGAGAACUCUGGGCGACUUCGUCAGCGAGCAUCCCGGCGAGCUGGUCAGAACAGGGUCGCCGCACUUGGUCUGCACCGUCCUGCCUGCGCACUGGAGGUCCAACAAGACUCUCCCGGUAGCAUUCAAGGUCGUUGCUCUCGGCGAAGUGGGCGACGGCACCUUGGUGACCGUUCGCGCCGGUAACGAUGAGAAUUGCUGCGCCGAGCUCAGAAAUUCGACGGCUCUGAUGAAGAAUCAGGUCGCCAAGUUCAACGACUUGAGGUUCGUCGGCCGAAGCGGUAGAGGCAAGAGCUUCACCUUAACGAUAACGGUGUCGACUACGCCGCCUCAAGUCGCCACCUACAGCAAGGCCAUCAAGGUGACGGUGGAUGGGCCGCGCGAACCGCGAUCCAAGACCAGUGAGUAUCACUGGCAGCAACAACAAUUUCACGCCUUCGCAUUCGCCUCGCAACGGGGCGGCCCGUUCUUCGCCUCGCCCUUGGUGGAUCCGUUGCAACCUCUGCCGAAUCCGUUGCAACCGCUACCGAAUCCGCUGCAGCCGAGGGAUCCGUUGUCUUCCUUCAGACACGCGAUGCCUGGCAAUUGUCAGAAUAUGUCCCAGUUCGGCCUGACAGCGAGCAAUUCUUGGGGGUACGGCAGCACGGCCGGCUACGCCGGUUACCUUCCGGGUCCCCUGUCGUCGUGCGCCGCACAGGCGUCGUUUCCACCCCCGCCGCCACCUCCUCCGCCACCUCCGCCGUCGUCCACGUUGGCGUCCUUCGCCGGCACGGCCUCCAUGAGCACACCGACGGCACCGGACUCGACGGCGGGCUCGACCGUCACAUCCGGCACCGGAACGGGCUCCACGCCGCAGCAGGACGCCUUCUCCGCGGUCUCCUCUCUUGUGCCGGACACCACGACGCCGGGCCAAUCCGAUCCGUUGGACCCGCUGAGCAGCCUCAUGUCCGGCAGUUCCAGCCAGUCCAGGUACCAGGACUACGUGUCGCCCCGAUCGCUCUCCACCGACUCCAGCACGACCGAGAGCCCGGUGCAUGAGGAGCAGGGCUUUGGGCAGAAUUACGGCAACUACUUCCCGACGCCGGGCGUGCUGCCCAGCAUCCUCUACUCCCAGCUGUACGGGAAUCAGUUCCAGAAUUCGGAGAGCGCGGAACAAAGGGCCGUCGCGGACAGUUGCAGCGUCAGGCAAGAGGAGGUCAGACCGGACAACAACGUCUGGAGACCGUACUGAGGAGCGGAAGCGCGCGUUCACUUGCCGGAUGAGUCGGCCGUCGAGCGGUUGAACCACUCGCUCGGCCGUCUCUCCGUCGGUCUUCCGCGGGGAAGAGCGCGAAUGGAGGGUCGCGCGGAUCGCUCUCUUCAGGGUAUCGCUCGCCGGGUGUCGUCGUGGUUCUCCCCGCGAGGACCGUCGUGGACUGUGUCGAUUCUUCGAGGACAAACUAGCACUAUAUUAGUGGGCAUUAAUAACUCCGCGCUCGAUCCGCGUGAAGAACUCGCGGCGAGUCCGUUCGUCGAGAAGCACACGCUCUCCCGGGAAGCUCCGGAAGGGGUUUCGCAAUUCUUCUUUCACCGGUUGUGUCUCGCGCCAACGAAUCCUUAGAUGAGUGAAUGGGCGAGGAGGAGUUGUAAUUAAGUGAGAACGGAUUCCGUGUGCGUAUAUGAAAGAGAGAGAGAGAGAGAGAGAGAGAGAGAACGAAAGAAAAGAGCGAGUGUGGAUGUGUGAAAGUGAUUAUGACGACGAUGACAAGGACGACGACGGUGACGACGAUAACGACGAUAAUAAUAACGAUAUCGACGGGAUGUAUAUACGUGUACAUAGCUAGAUCAUUGUCGUUUCAUCGAAUCAUUAUCCGUCGGCGUUUCAAACGACGCGACGCGCUAAUUUAUUUCAUCGAUUACGUUUUCAUAGUAUAAUUGCGACCGAGUGCUGCGGGAUCGUGCAAUAUCGUCGAGGCUGAUGUGGACGGUCAGCUUCAUUUCUCUGUACAUACACACGGUAUAUCUGGCACGGUGGCGCGUUCAGUUUCCCUUCGACCCGUUCGCGUUUCCCCCCAAACAACAGCAGCAGCAAGAACUUUCGGACAGAAGAAAUCCGGCUCCGCGCUUUUGGCGAGAUAUUCGCAGCCGACCUUCGAUUAUCUCGGGGAAUCGCCUGAUUCGCGAAAGGCUGUCACGUGCGGUCACGUUCGGGUGAAGCCGGCGAUAAAAUCGAAUGGGAUUUGAUUCGUACGCGCGCGUGUGCGCGUGCGAGGAGAGAAAAAGUCUCCUCCCGCGUGAAAACCGUGUCGGGGAGCGCGUGGGCGACGAAAAGCUCGCGAGUAUUCAACGAACGAACGAACGAACGAACGAACGAACGAACGUGUGGUCGUACCGGCAUCGAAGACCUUACAUCGAAAUUACCGCGAAAGAAACGAAAGCUCGUGAAGCGACUCGCGAAAUGAUUUUCGCGGGAAGCACCGCGCCGCGCCGGCGAGGCUUAUCCGUUUUUGUAAGCCGGCGACGAGCACCCUGCGUUUCCGAAGAAUGAUUUCCGAUAUACAUAUCUACCGACCUAUUGUUAUCGUAGUUUUUGACCGAGUCGAA